AUCCGUUCUUUGAAGAAGAUAAAGAUUGGAAAUGUUUUUGGUUGGUUUGACGGGCGGGAUCGCCACAGGCAAAAGCACAGCAUCCAAUAUGUUCCGUAGACUGGGAGCUUACGUUAUCGAGGCAGAUCAGGUCUCCAGAGAUGUUGUCAAGCCUGGAUUACCAGCUUGGUGUAAAAUCCGUGAGGAGUUUGGGGGUGAUGUUUUUUUAGAGGAUGGCCAACUCAACAGAGAGGAGAUGGGGAGAAUCAUCUUUUCUGAUAGCACCAGGCGAAAGCAGCUUAAUGCAAUAACCCAUCCUGAGAUCCGUAAAGCUAUCCUUUGGCAGCUCCUAAUUUGCUUUUUAAAAGGUUAUCAGUUUGUCAUCUUGGAUAUUCCAUUAUUGUUUGAGACCAGAAGCAUGCUUUCCCUCCUAAGCUUUAUCAUUGUGAUAUCUUGCACAGAAAGGCAGCAGCUACAAAGACUGAUGGCUAGAAAUGGAUUUUCUAAAGAAGAAGCGGAAAGCAGGAUCAAGUCACAAAUGCCAUUGACUGAAAAGUGCCGCAUGGCCAAUUAUGUUGUUGACAACAGUGGAACGGAGGAAAUGACAGAGAAGCAAAUUGUGGAUUUAUUUCGCAAGUUUAACAGAUCUAAGCUGCACUGGCCUAUCCGCAUUUUAGGGUGGACAGUUAUUGCUUUUUUUGUAUGGAUCAUUGCAAAACUUGUCAACUUGUUUUUAUAGAGCCGCUUUUGGUUCAUCUUCAGGUUAUGCAGUCUAAAUUAUACUAUUGUGAAAAGUCAUGUAAUUUCUUUCUUUCAAAGACCUUAGAUUGCUGAUGUAAUUACUGGCUGAUUCAAUUUUCAAUGUUUUUCAAAUUAUGUGAUGUAUGGAAGUAAGUAGUUUUAUAUGUUAAUUUACUUCUUUAAUUUUUAUGGCCCAAAACAGAGAUUCUGAAUGACUCUGUUACAAGUGUAACAAGUUUUUUUCCUGGUUUUCUUUUGAAAGAAAACAGUGAUAAUGAGCCUGUGGUGAUUAUGAAGGUUCCUACUGGUUCCACAUACUCUUAUGAGCUUUAAUUGACUCAUAAAAAGAGGGGAGUGAGAACGUUUGAUCUUAACUACUUUCAUGAAGAUCUUUGACUAACAUUGUAUGCCUAAAAUAUUUCAGUUUCACUAUUUAUAUGGUGCUGUUUGCAUACUAUAUUAAAACUGCAGAAUUUUUAGAUUUGUAGAUAAAUAUUUCUCAUAUAUAUAAAUGCAUCUGUGUUUUUAUAUUUAGUUAAGGCUUAUUGCAUACCGACCUAACAUGUGACUUAUGCAAAACCACAUUUGAUAGUAACUUUGUGCCUUCCCUAUAAGUAUUUUUUUCUCAUUCAGUUCUUACUCCUCUUUUAGUUUCCUUUAUUGGGAAGUACCAAGCAGACUUUUGUGCUUAAUUGAUCAAUAAUUUCCGAGCUGUCAACAAUCCAUUGUCAGAUGCUCAUCAGGAUAUAGUAUGUUCAGAUAUUUUUCUAUUGUGCGGAUGUUGUAUGCUCAAACCUGGGCAGGUUUAGCACACACACAACUGAUCUGGUCUUUUUGGGGUUUAUUGUUUCCUUGGGAAGAUUUUUUAUUUGUUUAUAUACUUUAGUAUUUCACUUGUGAAAAUGUAUGUAUUCAUUGUGAAGAAAUUCAUUGUGAAGCAUAGAGAUUCUUCUGCAGAUUUAGAAGAAAUUCAAGUUUCCUUCAUAGGGGGACCUUUGCUUUAAAAAAAUCCUUUGGGUAAGGAAAGAAUGGAUAUUGCUUGUUAUGGAAAGUGUUUGUUUAGAAAGCCUCCAGUCUUUGUUGCUGUAGCCUUUCAUAUGGUUUGCUGUUGGAUUUUAUUCAGAUUUUUUUUGUCAGAGAAUGAAAUUGUCCAUGAAAUCAUUUAUCAGAAAAUAUAAUGAGACACAACUAGCAGGGUUUUUGUUGGCUAAACUGUUUGAAUUACUUCCCUGGAACUAUGAAGACUGGCAAAACUGAAAAGUAUGCAGCACUCUUUCUUUGAGCUGCAAACAACAUGAAGUUUUAUUUAUGUAGCUGGACCUAACAGGUUUACAAAUUUCCAUACACUGUUUUUUGUUACUGACCAAUAUGACAAUUGCCAUGUUAGUGAUUCACAGAAGAUGUAUGGAGAGAAAGAUUCAAAGCGCUUUUGACACUAUAGACAGGUACUCAAUCAUGUACUGCAGCACAUGAAACUAAGUAAAACAACUCGCACUGUUUCCAGCAGUCAGUGCUACUAAAAUUGGUGUUUAAGGUUGCACUGUUAACUUUCCAGAUAUUCUUCAUCUGAAGCUUGGGUUUACAAUUUUCCAAAUGUUAUGUAAGCAAACAAGCAAAAACAUAAUUUCUUGCAUUUGGAAAGGGUGCAAUGGAUUUUUCUACUGUGGUCUUGAGCACAACACAGAUGUACACUAAUGAUGUGCUUACUGAAGGGGACUUCAGGGGUUACCUCUUGAUGCUAUUUAUAGACGUGAUGCAAAGCAGAAGAAAUGAUCAAACAUUAAACCCUGACCAUGGUAAAUAAGUUGGUACAUUAUAGAGAAUAUGGGAAAUCUUCAUGUUAUGAUGUGAAAGUUAAAACUUUGGAAGAAAUUAUCAUUUUGACUUUGUUGAGAAUUUUGUUGAUGUAAAUUUCUUCUUUAUUUUUUUUUUUAAUUUACUUGAAACAAAAGCAACCCACUGUUCACUCAAGAGUCAAAUAAUCAGUGCUUGAUGUAAUCUGUACAGCACAACUGGAGACAUUCUUCAUUUUAUUUUAACUGCAUGCUUUUUUUUAUUUUUAACUAUGCUUUUGCUUUGCUUUUAUUCUUCUUGUUUGAAGUACCCAUUUUGUUUGGAUGAUAUAAACCUUGGAUUGUUAUUGCAGAUACUUGAAAUGCAUUGAUGAUACAAGCUUACUUCCAACGAUAUUUCUUCUUUUUUGAUCCCAAAGUUUCAGCCACAUUUCUCAUUUAAUUUCCAUUUUAUUUAGAAUUACCUGCAGUGUUGUCUGCAUGUGGAUGAGCAGUUCUGCGUGCAAGCACAUUAAGUCUACCUUCUUGGCUUUAAAGCAAAUUGAAUUCAGGGCUGGCUUUUAAGAUUGUUGGCCUGGUGUUCCAAUGAUGUAAACAUGUAAUUAUCUUGAAGUUUGAAAAUGAUAAACGUUGUCACCAAGUAGUAUAUAGAUCAGUAAUUCUCGAGAGUUUUUUUU